GGCCUGUCGCGUCGAUGGCGUCUCGAGUGGCUAGCCUGCGUUCGCGGCUCGCCGCGCUCCGCCGAGCCUGUGCCUUGGUGGGCCUUCCAAUUUCAGGCUGGCACGGCCCGUUUCGCGUACCGCAGCGGCCGGGCGACGCGGCGACAACGCCGCAUCAGGCCGCGCGCGCCAUUGUUCGCAGCCCCGUCAUGGCGGCCCCAUCUGGCCCGCCAGUCUUCAGCAACCAGGAACUCGUGAACGAGCUGGAGGGUCUGCUUCCGGCGCACUGGGACGAGCAGCAGCUGGAACGGAAGUGGGACGCGUGCGUGGCCAACCCGGACGGGGGGCUCGAGCGGUUCGCGUUCACGGCCAUGGAAUUGAAGUACCUCGCGCGGGAGCGCCUCGCGGAGGUCCACGCGCGUCCCCGGCGUGGAUCGCGUCGAUGGCGUCAAACGUGAAAAACACACAGGCGCUGCGCGUCGAGAACAAUCUGCUGAGGGGCGAGAACGCGUCGCUCGCCGCGCGCUGCGACGCCAUGCAGAAGCUGGUCCAGGAGGCGGUCCCGGAGGCCGCGUCCCGCUUGGAGUACGAGCGGAGCUCGUACCGCGUCGCGAAGUUCCGCGACGCCGUCGCCGCGCUCUACGAGAAAAAGCGCCUCGACGCGCCGCCGCCGUGCCGGGACGCCGUCCGCGAUUUUGUGGUGACGAAGAACGAGGCGCUCGCCCAGUACAAGAACGGCCGCCUCGACAAGGCCGUCGACGCCAUGCGCCACCUGAAGACCACGGAGUGGACCCUGCGACUGGGCGACGUCCAGGGGCCCAUCGGCGCGCCGCGCAACGAGCCCAUGGUCCGCACGCGGUCCAAGCUCCCGGGUAUCAUCACGCCGGAGGUCAACUCGGACCUCUACGUCUGGACGCCGACGCCGUCGAGCGCGGAGUCCGCCGCGGAGUGCGAGUUAUUCCUCGAGGCCAUGAAGAAGUCUAUACUACAACGCCUCGCGGUCGAGCCCCGCGGCGCCGCGCGCCGGAUCCUGCGCCCCGGGCCCCAGCUGAGCCCGGAGGACCCGCUCCCCAGCCGCGGCCUGCCCUAGGCUUGGUGCGCGUCGAACGUCCGUGUGCUAAGACCUCCAUGCGUAGUCUCCAGACGCCAUCGGCGCG